GCAGAGCUUUUUAAAAUAACUAGGAGUGGAUAUGAAUUCUUGAAGAUUAUUUACUGUACAAGUUCUCGAAAUGACGACGUCAGAACCAACAUACCAAAUUUUGACCCAACCUAUCCUUGAAAUCCAUAUCACAUGCUGAACAGAUAGUUGCGUUUAACUGUUUAACCUUCACUAGGCUACAGCUUAUCUUCCAAAUAUGGAAACAAAAAAGGAUCUGGAUGGGCAUUUAUAGCAUCCAAAAUUAUUUAUACCUAAUUGUCAGUGGAUUUGCAAGAGUUGCAAAAAUCGCCAAAACGGAUAUUAUAAAUAAUACUUGUGUUCAUCGCUCAAUAAUUGUGUAUUACUACAGAAAACAUUCUGUCUGGUUAAAAAAUUUGAAUUUAAUUUUUCAUUUUCUUUGCAAGAAAAACUGCAAGCACAAGCUUUUUUCCCACGAAAAAAGAUAUUUUAUAGUGUUUAUAUAUCGAAAACACAGAAGAAAAAGAAAUUUGUUUGAAUGUACAAGAAGCUUUGCUGGAAAGCACUUACCGUUGGUAAUCAAUAAACAACGUAACUUGGAAGAGAUUACUCAGAGGACUUCAUUUAUAGUACGGAAUAGCAGUACAUGUUAUAUUGAAAGUGAACGGAGACAUUUUCAUAAAGAAGGAACCGUGCAUCACAAAAGAUUUUGUUUAUUUGAAUACAAGGUCAGCUGAAUUAUAGUCAAAAUAUGGAUAAAUCUCUUACAUCGUUAGGAAGCUCAUUGCUGACAUCAACAGAAUUGCCACACUUUGUUGAAAAACUGCCACCGAAGUAUGUGUGCCCUGUGUGUAAUUUCGUAUUACGGAAUGCUAUGCAGCUACAAUGUGGACAUCAGAUAUGUGAACCCUGCAUUGAUCCAUUGUUUGGAGAAGACGAAACAGCAACAUGCCCUGUCAACACUGAUGAAGAAUGUGAGGAACCCUUUACCAAAAAUGAGGUAUACAAAGAUAUGUGUACUAGACGAGAAAUCAUGUUACUACAGGUGUAUUGCUCGUAUAGUGGUGAGGGUUGCCAAGAAAUACUGCAGUGGAGAAAUCUACAGAAACACACUGAAAUUUGUGAGUUUAAGCCAGUCGAGUGUGAAGACUGUCAUGAAAAGAUACCUCAGAAUAAACUAUUGGCUCACAAAGAAUCGGAAUGCAGCUAUCGUAUUAUUGUGUGUGAACACUGCUCACAUAAUGUACCCUUCUGUCAGAUGCAGAGUCAUAUAGACCAUGAAUGUCCAGAAUAUCCACUUAACUGCCCUAAUGGCUGUGAAAAUGUAACUUUAAAAAGAAGUGAGAUGGAAAAUCACCUACAAUCUUGUCCUAAAAGACCAAUACCAUGUGGAUACAAAACUAUUGGGUGUACAUAUGUUAAUGUUGUAAAAGAAGUUGAGAAGCACCAGGCAACUGCCACAGAUCACCAUUUGAUGUUGGUCAUGUCCUUCUCUGGACAAACAAGUGACCAAAAUAAAGCAGUACAAGAAGAGAUUGAGAAAAGCAAAAAAGAGACAGAGGAACUUAAGUCAAUUGUACAGGAAUUAAGGCAGGAAAAUCAAAGAUUAAAAGAAGAAAUACAACCUUUAGUUAAAUCCUUAACAAAAGACAUGAAAAAGAAAUUAGUGACAUUAACUGAAAGAUUGAUAAACUUGGAAAGAAUGUUUGAACAUCAACCAAAGAAAGAGGUCCUGGAAAAACAGGAACAGGUCAUCAACUCAUUGAGGGAGGACCUGAGGGUCAGCCAGGAGCAGAUAACUCAGAUAGAGAGGGCAGGGCCGUCAGGGGGAGGGACUGAGGCCGCAAUGCCCCAAGAGGUAAGAAAUCAACUGAAAAACAAUGAGAAACAAAUGGCCAUCCAGGACAUAAGAUUAGCAGAACUCGACCUGAGAUUCCAAGUGUUAGAAACUGCCAGUUAUGAUGGCAUUUUAAUGUGGAAAAUCAGAGAUUAUUCCAGAAGGAAGCAGGAAGCCAAGAGUGGAAGAACUCUAUCAUUGUACAGCCAGCCGUUCUACACAAGUCGCACGGGCUACAAGAUGUGUGCCAGGGUGUACUUGAAUGGCGACGGUAUGGGUAAAGGGACUCAUCUGUCGCUGUUCUUUGUUGUGAUGAGAGGUGAGUACGACGCAUUGCUUCCCUGGCCUUUCCAGCAGAAGGUAUCGCUGAUGCUUCUGGAUCAGGACAAUUUCCGGCGACACGUUUGCGACACGUUCCAGCCUGACACGACGAGCUCCAGCUUCAAGAGGCCAACGACCGAGAUGAACGUCGCCACGGGGUGUCCUCUGUUUAUCUCCCACAGUGUGUUAGAAACAAAGACGUACCUCAAGGACGACACGAUAUUCAUCAAGGUCAAAGUUGACACCAGCAAUAUACCUGUGCUAUAGUAUACACCACAUCUUUGCUAGUCAAAAGUUUGAUCCACUUCCAUUCUUAUAACAGGAUGUCCUCUAUUUAUCAAAAUGUGUUACAAACAAAGAUCUGCUGUACCUCAAGGACGACAUUAUAUUCAUCAAAGUCAAAGUUGACACCAGCAACAUACAUGUCCUAUAGUAUACAAUGCAUCUUUGCUAGCCAAGAGUUUGAUCCACUCCCAUUCUCAUAACAUUUAAGGAUCCCAUUUCUUAGCUAGUCAAGACGGUGUUUAUUUUUAUGCUAACACAUUUCAGUAUAUUUUUAUAAAUUAGAGCUGCUUUGGCAAAGUACCAAGUUACUUUGGCAAACAUUUUCAUACUAAGAUAGCAUGUAAAAAGUUUGUAUAAAUUUGUUUAUCAUUAAUUCCCUAACUUGUAUUUUAAGCUAUAUAAUAAUGUCAUAUUUUAAAAUUUAAAUCAAUCUGAUACACGAAUGCAGAAUUGACCUGUAUGUUAAUAUUCUUAAUUAUUAGAUCCUUAAAGUAUGUUAAAAUGC